AUGAAAAAGCAUACCAACCUUCACCUCCUUAUUCUUAUCCUUUUCCUCUUUCCUUCCUGUUCAUGGGUUUCGUUGGCCCUGGCACAGAAUGAAACCAUUGUCCCAGUGCAUGUGGGGGUUAUUCUUGAUGACCUUCAGUAUUCAUUCACCAAGGACAUUUGGUUGAGUUGCAUCAAAAUGGCUGUCGUAGACUUCUAUACUUCUCAUCCUAACUACAACACUAGGAUUGUUUUGAACACUAGUCAUUGCAAAGAAAAUGUUAUCAGUGCAGCUGCUGCAGCUCUCGAUCUGAUAAAGAAUGAACAAGUGAAAGCCAUCAUUGGGCCAGUGACAUCCACGCAGACAAGCUUUAUCAUUAACCUUGGAAACCAGGCUCAGGUUCCUAUUAUAUCAUUUUCUGCAACAAGCCCUUCUCUUACUUCUCUCCGGAUCCCUUAUUUCCUUCAGUUUGCACAAACUGAUUCAUCCCAAGUGAAAGCCAUUAGUGCAAUUGUUAAAGCCUUCGGAUGGAGACAAGUCGUGCCUAUCUAUAUAGACACCGAGUAUGGGGAGGGAAUCAUACCGUACCUAACUGAUGCUUUGCAUGAGGUAAAUGCUCGUGUCCCAUACCGCAGUGUCAUUCCCUCAUCUGCCACUGAUGGUCAAAUCCUUCAAGAACUUGCCAAGUUGAUGACAAAGGAAACCAGAGUCUUCAUUGUUGACAUGACAACUGAUCUAUCCUCUAGAUUAUUUGUCAAGGCAAAAGAGAUUGGGAUGAUGAGUAAAGGGUAUGUAUGGCUCACUACCAAUGACAUACUUAGUAAAUUGCAGUCACAAAAUUCUACAGUCAUUGAUUCCAUGCAAGGUGUAUUGGGUGUACAAACUUUUGUUCCACCGACACCAGAGCUUGAAGAACUCAAGAUACAGUUGAAACGACAUUUCCAUACAGACAAUCCAGCCAUUGGUGCUGAAUUGGAUGUUUUUGGACUUUGGGCUUAUGAUGCAGUUUUUGCAGUGGCCAUGGCAAUUGAACAAGUAAUUGGAACUCCAACUAGCUUUCCCGUCCAUGAGUCAAAUGCUGCUUCCAACAGCUCCACAGAUCUUGAAGGUUUUCCGGUCUCUCCAUACGGACCAAAACUUCUCACAGCUCUGUCAACUGUUAGAUUUGAAGGCAUAGCUGGACAUUUCACUGUUGUUGGUGGGAAACGUAACUCAUCAAAUUUUCAGAUAGUCAAUGUGAAUGGUGGUGGAGCAAGAACAAUUGGGUUUUGGACACUGAAAAACGGCCUUGUGAACACAUUGAAUUCAUCACCAGGCUCCAGUAAAAUUUCUGGUUCCAAAUUUGAGUUUGGACCUAUUAGGUGGCCGGGAGAUUCUCUCUCUGUUCCUAAAGGAUGGGAGAUCCCAACAAAAGGAAAGAAAUUGAGAAUUCUAGUUCCUGUCAAGGCUGAUUUUACUGAGUUUGUUAAGGUGGCAAAAGACCCAAAAACUAACACAACAGUUGUCACAGGCUUCAGUAUUGAUGUAUUUAAGGCUGCAGUGAAACUAUUACCAUACGAUCUUCCUUAUGAGCUCAUUCCUUUUGCAAAGUCUGAUGGCACCAGUAACGGCAGUUACUAUCAGAUGUGCUAUCAAGUAUAUCUUGGGAACUUUGAUGCUGCGGUGGGAGAUACAACUAUUAGAGCAGACAGGUCAUUAUAUGUGGACUUUACAAUGCCGUACUCAGAAUCUGGUGUAGCAAUGGUCGUGCCAGUCAUCGACUUCAAGAGUAAACAUGUAUUGGCUUUCCUGAGGCCUUGGACAUGGGACCUGUGGCUAACAAUCUGCUUUUUCUUUGUCUAUAUUGGUUUCGUGGUUUGGGUUCUUGAACAUCGAAUUAACAAGGAAUUUCGCGGCCCUCUCUCGCAUCAAGUUGGCACCAGUAUCUGGUUCUCCUGCUCAACCAUGGUGUUUGCACAUAGGGAGAGAGUUGUUAGCAACUUGGCUAGAUUCGUUAUGAUUAUCUGGUUGUUUGUUGUGCUUAUAUUGACAAUAAAUUACACAGCCAGUUUAUCAUCAUUGUAUACAGUCGAACAACUCCAGCCAACAGUUACUGACAUAGAGGGUCUAGUAAGGAGUCAGGAUAAUGUGGGCUGCAUAAAGGAUGCUUUUUCUUGUGAUCUCUUGAAACAAGUAGGUUUUGAUGAUUCUAAGCGGAAGGAGUUUGAAACAAUGAAAGAAAUUGAUGAAGCUCUUUCAAAAGGAACUGCGAAGGGUGGUAUUGCUGCUUUUGUUCAUGGAACCCCCAAGGCGAAGCUUUUUCUUGCCAAAUAUUGUUCGAAAUACACCCUGAUUGCACCCAUAUUUAAAACUGAUGGAUUUGCUUUUGUGUUUCCGAAACGCUCCCCACUUGUAGCCGAUGUUUCACAAGCAAUCUUAAACAUGAUAGGAGGAGAGGAGAUAUUAAAUCUUGAAAAAGAAUGGUUGAAAGAGUCUAGUUGUCAGGACUCAAGUGAUGCAACCAUUUCUAGUAACAGUCGUGGCCUUGGUAGCUUUUGGGUCCUGUUCCUCAUUGCCGGUUUGACGUCAGUACUUGCUGUAGUCAUAUUUGUAGCUUCCUUCAUUUAUAGGCAUAGGUACGUGUUGGUGCAACCCGCUGAUUCAGAAUCCUCAACUUGGAGAAAGAUCCGAGCUCUGUUCAAAAUUUUCAAUGAAAAAGACCUCGACUCUCACGCUUUCAGAAGGAGUAAUCAUCAGCAAGAUGCAGUUAUGCACUCACCAAACAACUUCCCCGGAGCUUUAGUCCACCCCAUUUCGGAUCACACUGAUCAAAUGAACUCUUUAUUUAUCGGAGAGCAACAAACAAGCUCAAUUGUUGAAGUGCCUUUAGACGUGCUACUUCCUUCAAAUACUGAGGUUGUGAUCGCAGUUCAAGAAAUGCAUAGAACUACUUCUAACACAGCUCAAGAAUAG